AUGGACAUAUAUUCAACAUUGAAUUCUUUAGCACCUAAAAUAACUAAUUUAAAUCGUGAUUUUAACAAUCAUGGAUCAACGGAUGAAAACAGGAAAGAUUUUCCACCAACAGAUGAUCCUGUUUAUAUAUUGGGUAAAAAAUAUAGCUCUUUACAUGAAUUGAAUGAAAUACGUUCAGAUGUUCGAACAAAUAUAUGGAUGACAUAUCGACGAAAUUUUCAGCCAAUUGGUGAUACAAAUUUUACAUCCGAUAGUGGUUGGGGUUGUAUGCUACGAUGUGGUCAAAUGGUAUUGGCCAGGGCAUUCAUCAAUCUUUAUAUGGGUCGUGAUUGGCGUUGGAAUUAUGCGAAUCUUGAAUCAAUCAAACAAUUGUUGGACCAUGAUGGCCAAGAAGAAGAAGAAGAAGAUGUAAAAAGAAAAAUCGAUGAAGAACUAGAAAAAUAUCUUAUCUAUAAGAAUUUAUUGAAAAUGUUUAAUGAUCAAAAAACCGAAUCCUAUUCAAUACAUCAGAUUGCAUUGAUGGGUGUUUGUGAAGGCAAAAAUGUUGGCCAAUGGUUUGGACCAAAUACAAUUGCACAGGUUUUAAGGAAACUAUCAAUGUUUGAUAAAAUGAACGAUAUAUUCAUCUAUGUUGCAAUGGAUAAUAUUGUAUUUCUCGAUGAUAUUAGAAAAUCUUGUAAAAUUUCUCAAAAUGAUGAUUAUGAUGAUGAUGAUGAUGAUGAAACAAAGUGCCAAGAACAACAAAAAAUGAAAACUUUAAAAAAAUGGAAACCAUUAAUACUAUUCAUUCCACUUCGAUUGGGUUUAUCGGAAAUUAAUCCAAUCUAUUUUCGUGCUUUAAAAACAACAUUUACUUUUCCACAAACAUUAGGUAUACUUGGUGGCCGUCCAAAUCAUGCACUGUAUUUUAUUGGUUGUUGUGGUGAUGAUCUUAUCUAUUUAGAUCCACAUACAACACAAUCGAAUGUCCAUAUAGUUGCUCAAGAUCGUGAAUAUUUGGAACGAUUAUUACAGCAUGAAGAACAGAUGAUGAUUAUUGAUGAUAUUGAUGAUCAAUUAACAACGACAACAUCAUCAUCAUUAAAUCAACGUUCAGCUGAUGAUGUUAGCUAUCAUUGUGAACGGCCAUAUAGAAUGUCAAUUUCAUUACUUGAUCCAUCAUUAGCAUUAUGUUUUUUCUGUAAAAAUGAAGAAGAAUUUAAUCAUUGGCAUCAAUUGAUGAUGGGAAAAUUAUUUCAUGAACAAACACAGCCAUUGUUUGAGAUAAUGAAAUCACGACCAUAUGAAUGGCAAAAUGAUGAAGAUGGUGAUGAUUUAGAUUGUAUCGGUUCCACAUCCAAAUCUAUUCAUGGAUCAUUUUUAAAAAGUUCACCAAAUUUUGAUUGUAACAAUAUUCAACAACAAAAACAAUCUGCAUCAACAUUUGAUGAAUGA